GCGUGACAUCACAUCUGUCAAACGGAGCAACGUCGUAAAGACAAAGAAAUUUGAGGAGAAAAUGAAAACAAGAAGCGAUUAAAACAAAUAAAAUGUGCUCGUUGUACGACAAAAAUGUAGUCAUUUGAUGAGGCCACUUUCGAUAUCUAAGUGAACAUAAAAAAGUUACAAUGCUGAAGAGUGAACACUUUGUGACAAUUAGCCUUGACACUGAUGAAUGUGACAUUUGUCACCAGUGCACUGGAGAGGCACUGGUGACAUGCAAGGAGUGUUUUCAUCCCAUCACAGAGGAACCAGUAAGAGAAGGCUUUAAUAAGUUACUUGGAGUUGUCCACCAGAAUGUUUUCGGACAUGAGGUAUGCUUCAAGAAAGCUCACCAAGUGCUUAGUCAGAACAUAGGAAAUCGCAAACUGUCUUCGGACAGCGUGACAUCACAACUUAAAGGACUCCUUGACGAGAAAAUGCAGCAGAUCAUUAAAUAUGCACGAAACGAAGGAAAUCUGAGUGCCCCGCAACCGCUAUUUGAAGUAAGAAGUACGCCUUGUUCCCGUACUAGUAGUCCACUGAGAGGCCUGUCCAAGACACGAUUUGAACAAGCUACUAAGCGAAAAUGCAGUAGUGAUGAAAAUAUACAUGUAGGACAGAGAGAGAGUAGAAGGCCAGCUUUUGAAAAAGUACCUGCAAUAUAUGUUAAUGAGCAAUCUGAUACCCCAGAACCUCGAAAUAGGAUUCAACUGGAAAAACCUGAACUAAUAGUAAAGCAGGAAGCAACAGAUCGAAAUUGCCAUACAAAAUCUGAUUUUAAAACAAAACAUGUAGACUUACAUGAUUCUAAAUCCAGGAAGAAGCCUUGCGAUCGUCGAGAAUUUCAAGACGCUAGUGGGAAGUCGGAAUCAAGUGGAGAAACUAUUAAAAUUCCAUCUGAUAAGUAUGUUUAUUUACCUUGUGAACAUCAGUAUGCAAGUGAAGGGUGGACCAUUGAUGACCUUUUAUGUGACAUUUGUGAACAUCAUCAUCACCAAGUGAACCAAUCAGAACAAGUUCUCACAAGUACCAGCCAAUCAGAAUCAAGCACAGACAAUGAUGCGGAUGAAGAUGCUGAUUUAUUACCUGUUGCAAAGUCUGCUGUUGCAGAAGGUUUAAAUAAGGACAGGAAAGAGUCUGGAUACUCAAAAAAUAAUUUUAAGAGCUAUUCCAGUGAAGAGUUGAAAGUAUGGAGUCGAGAUGAGCUCUCCAAAAUGUUAGAGAAGUUAAAAUCAAGUUGUAAAGACAUUUCAUCCAUGCUUGUUUUGCUGCUUCAAGAGAGAGAUGACCUUAAACAGGAGGUCAGAGUGCGCCAUCUAAUGAUUGAAAAACUAGUAUCUAUUCAAGCAACUGAAUAAUUUAGUACUUGUUACCAUAGAAAUGCACAUUGAAAUUUAUGUUAUGCAAGGAUUGAAUGUUUCUGAAAUAAUUUUUACUGUUGAAAUAUUUUUGCAAAUGUUUUGAUUACAGUAGUAGUCAGUAACUAUUUGAUAGUCUAAUUACUAAAACUACAUUUUUUGGAACAAUAAAUAUUUUAGAAAUGAUACUGGA